GCGAACCGGACUGAACGUCACAUUCCUGCAUUCCCUUUUUUUUUCUCCUCUUGCCUGGGACGUCGGAGUUAGCCGCCUCUAGACACCUAAUCCUCUCCCCCCCCACUUUUCUUGUGGACAAAAAAACCACACACACCCAUGACAAGGCGGAAUUGAUCCCGGGUGGUGAACCCAGCUUCCCCAAAAGGAGUCGAAGCUCACUUCGGGUCACUCUCCUCCUUCCCUCCCCCUCCUCCCGGUCCACCCGUCACAGCGCCAGUUGCCAUGGAAAACUCCUCCGUGGCGUCUGCAUCCUCUGAGGCUGGGAGCACACGCUCGCAGGAGAUAGAGGAGCUGGAGCGCUUCAUUGACAGCUAUGUGCUGGAGUACCAGGUGCAAGGGCUUCUGGGAGACAAAGCAGAUGGAGAGUUAGAGUUGGACAAUAGUGACAAGGUGCCGCAGUGGACCGAUGACUGUAACAACAAGAAAGAUGGCAGCUGGACGUCUUCACGGGGGAGAGGCUCAUUCAAGCCAGACGAGUGGGAACACAGCAGUAACGGCAGCACAGGUUCCAGACCCAGUUCAGGGUCUAGACCAGGAUCUGGCUCCCGCUCCGGCAGCAGAGGCAGAAACAACCAGUUCAAAGGCCCUGCAAAGAAUGGUAACAGAGAAGGAUCCUUUGACAUCCUGGGGACGGACAUAUGGGCUGCCAACACAAUGGACUCACACGGAGGUGCAGGCUGGGACGUGCAGCCAGAGAAGCUGGACUUCAGCCAUUUCCACAGGAAACACUUAAGAGGAACGCCAAAACACCUGCCUCACAUUGACAGAGAGGGGAUGAACAGGAACAAGUUUGAAGAGGAUGACGGUAUAGACAUGAAUGACAUAGAAAGGUUUCUUCCAAAUCUGCGCUCUGUCUUCCCACCCCUUCCUAACGAGGUUGAGAUCGCACACACCAAAAAGCUCUUCCGACGCAAGAGGAACGACCGACGAGCGAUUGAUCAGUUCACCCGAGACCAGUUAACCGUACUUCUGCCCAGUGGCCCCGGGGGAAAGCGACACGUCUCAGCCAGGAGACAGCAGCGGCCUCAGGGAGGAGGAGGAGGUGGAGGAGGGAAGAACCAACCUCAGCUGAUACAACAACAGUCACCACAGCACCUGAGGGACCAAACUCAACAACAGUCCCCACACCAACAGCAUCAGAGUCCAUCGGAACUGGGAGAUAACAGAAACAGCAGCGCUGGUCGGCCACCUCGUCAGUAUCAAGGAGGACAUGGGCAGCGCCAGGGCGGAGCCUCACACCACGGAUAUAGCCAGAACAGGCGUUGGCACCCUAAUCAGAAAGGUCAGGGGCACGGACAGACGAACGCUCCAGGCGAUAGAGGAGUGUCCCCAAAAACAACCAAAGAGACUGAGAAUGUAAAACCAGCUGACGAGAUCAGAUCACCUCAAGACUACAGAAAUAUGAGUCCCAAUGAGUCACCAAAAUCCGAGUCAACGCCCAGUAAAAACGCUUUCCCAGAUCUGCCAGUUAGCAAGGAAUCUCCCAACCCACCAGGAAGUGGGAAGGCAGGUGAGGGCCAGUCGGAGCGGCCCAAAAUCAGUCUGCUGCAGUCUUCAAAGGAGAGGUUGAGGAGGAGGCUAAAGGACAAGGAGGAGUCACGUGUGGAGGCAGGCUCCGGUUCGCAGAGCAUGGACCGGCUUGUGGAGCUCCUCAACAGCAUGAGAAGCAACAGCAGCGGGGUGGAGCAGCAGCUGGCCUCCUUCAUGGAGGAGGCGCAGUGCUCCGCCCGAUCGGAGGAAACUCUGGCUCAGGUGGUCAGCACCAUCUACUCCAAAGCCGUGUCAGAUCGGAGCUUUGCCGCCACAGCCGCCAAGCUCUGCGACAAGAUGGCGCUGUUCAUGGUGGAGGGGACCAAGUUCAGGUCGCUGCUCCUCAACAUGCUGCAGAAGGACUUCUCCCAUCGAGAGGAGCUCCAGCAGUCAGACGUGGAGAGGUGGUUGGGUUUCAUCACCUUCUUGUGUGAGGUGUUUGGGACCAUGAGGAGCAGCUCCGGGGAGCCAUUUAGAGUGCUGGUGUGUCCCAUCUACACCUGCCUACGAGAGCUGUUGGACUCCAUAGAUGUUAAAGAAGAUGCAGUCCUCUGCUGUUCAAUGGAGCUGCAGAGCAUGGGCCGUCUCCUGGAGGAGCAGCUCCCGGAGAUGAUGAUCGAGCUCCUGGCAGCCGUCAGGGACAAGAUGCUCUGUCCGGCCGAGUCCCAGCUGACCCGCUCGCUGCUCAUGGAGGUCAUCGAGCUGCACGCACACCGCUGGAGCCCGCUGGAGGCUCUGACCACACAAUACUACAACCGAACCAUCCAAAAGCUUACCACAACCACCUCAACCACUGCCUAGGUGCCAGCCCACUCAGGAGGAGAAGAGACAAGACCCCCCCCCAAUGACGUCCUGAUGAAACAUUUUCUACAUGAACUAAUCAUGGAUUUACCAAAACGGACACCUAAAUAGAAUCAAGCUUUAUAUGGCUGUUCAAGUCAAUGAACAAUUAUGGUUAUUUCUCAAAUAUGAGUGACCACUGCCGUAAACGAAACAUACACUACCCUUUUAAAGUGGUGAGCUUUUAAGACAACACUAGGUGUGGUGUUCAAAUAGAACAAAUUAUUUUUGACACCCAGUCGAGAAAACAGUAAUUUAGGGCCAGUAGGGGCGUGCUUGGCCACACAGAGUCCUGGAGCUCGUCUGGCAGAGGGAUAAAGGAGCGGAGAGGGGGUCACCCAGUGGGGAGGGGGAGAGGUGGAUGGGGGAGCAGCUCGCCCGCAGGGAAUACAGAGAUCCCUACCUAAAGAUGAAUGGAGGAUGGAGAGAGGGAGGGAAGGAAGGAGGGUCAGGGUAGUCCGUGUCAGUCUGUUCAUUGUGCUCAUUUGCCCCGCCGACCUUCCCCCUUCCCCGAUCUCUCUCUUCUCCCCCCCCUCCUCUGUCUCUCCAUCAGCCCCUGGGGUCUGUGUGGCUGAUAAAAGAGAGGAGGAGGAGGCAGGGAGCAGACAUGGAGCUGUCUGUCUGGGCUGUCUGCCCCGCCGGGCCAGGGGACCAGGUCAAAGGGCCUCACUGUGGAGCUCCCACAGCGCUCCUCCCUGCCUUUGUCUCCCCCAAAACUCCCCCACCACCAACAUCCCCCCUUCCCUCAGUAUGAAGCCUUUUUAUGGGGAUGAGACAGUGGGCCUGCUGGGCCAGGCUGGGCCUAGGAUAAGGAUCAGGCUGGCUGGAGCAGGCUGGCAGAUGGCUGCUUGAGCCCAUGUGAGACGACACACCCCCUCUGGCACCCCAAGUCCCUGAGCUCUGCCUGGUGUCAUCCACAGGGGGGGGUCUGUUUAAAAGCAUUAAAACAGACACUGCUGAUAAUUCUUUUGUUUUUGUCCUACAGGGGAAUGUCUCUUCUCCUCUGAUUAGCCGUGCAUGUCCACGCUCUGUUAACCACAUUGUUGAUAUUACAUUAUUUUUUUAAUCAUUACGUGUUUUAAUUGUUGUUUUAUUUUGAAGUCUUGUUUUUAUGAUGAGUUGUAUGUAUGAGGUGUUAGCAGUAGGCCUUAUUGCACAGGUGUGAUUUGUUUUGCACUGUUUGGAGGUAAAUUUGCUUUACAAUUGAAAAACUAAAAGAGAGCAAAAGUUUGAAUUUGAAUUUGAAUCAGUGCUCGUGGAUGAACCUAGAACAUCUCAGUAGUGAGUGAGAUUUGCUGAGCAUACUGAGGGAUUAUAGGAUGUUAUAAUGGACUGUGGCCUUGUUGAUUAUACAUUUUUAUAGGAGCUCUCUUGUUUCAGUAGAGGGCAUGCUGAGGACUUAACACUUGGACUUAUUUCCAUCUUUCUGUUGCUGAAGAAAAAAAGAAGAAACACAUCCGAAGAGCAAAAACAUUGAUGUGACGACAAAAAGAAGAGCAUGGCACACGGAGACACCAAUAACGUUCUCCUACUCAAGCCAUUCUUUGCAGUGGACAUUUUGCAAGUGUUUAAUAUUGACCGUACUUGAUCUUGCUUUUGUUUUUUGGGGGGAUUUUUUUGAGGAAAGCAACUAUGAACUUGUGUAUUUGAAGAAGACAAUUACGAAAAAGAAGAAAUCUUAUUGUACGACCUCAUUAGCUAGUCAUAUGUGGCACCGUACUCCAGCUUAAGUGUGAACUAUGAUAUUGACGUACCAAGCCAAUCAUGCACCAUUUGUAAAUGGGCUCUAUAUAUUAAUCUGCAUUCAGUAUAUUUACAAGUAUUUAAAAACAUUGGAAUAGAGGGUGGAAAGUGCAACAGAGAUGUUCCACAUGGGAAGGGUCAGCCUGCUCAUGCAUUUGAAUCAGGAAGUAGCUCAUUGAUUGGGAUUAGUCAUACAUGCACAUACGCACAUGCUAUGUUCCCCCACUGAAUCUCAGUGGGCAGUUUUAAGUGUUUUUAUAUUUUUUUCUCUGUCUUGCAUCAAGAAUUACGAUCCUGUGUGGUAGAAACACACCCCAAAUAGUAGUUACAAGAGAAGGGUGAUUUAAAGCUCAAACAUGUCUCUGGAGGUGCAGGCUAAUCGUGUGUGUGUGUGUGUGUGUGUGUGUGUGUGUGUGUGUGUGUGUGUGUGUGUGUGUGUGUGUGUG